AUGUGUACGAUGUUAAAAAAGCUUCUUGAAGCCAAAGAUAGUGGAAUAUCAGAAGAAAAUUAUUUUUUUGGUAGAAAUCUUUCAGUGGAUACUUACUUUUCAGAUGCUUUCAGUUUAAACAAUUUCUCUGUCUGUAAUCAUUAUAGCAAGUUCUAUUCCUUUAUAAAUCUUUUAAAACGUGUAGAAUCAAAUGAAGAGCAUAAUUACGACUAUAGUAACAUUGAUAAGGAUCCACAUCCUAAAAAAAGAAAUAGGUUAACUAUUUCGAUAUCAGAUUCUAAAUCUAGUACAUUGAUUGUUAAAGAGUUUUCCGAAUAUCAAUAA